UUUCUUGUUGAGACCAAUACCAGGGAGCAGGGACAUCACAUUUCUACCAUGGGACAUCGAAAACAUCAAACUUCCAUUAACUACAUGGAGAAGAGGAUGCUUUUCGCUAAAUGAUGGAUGUGUUAAUUACUUUAAAAUUCAAGAAAAAUUUAAAAGUUUGGCUACUAAAAAAAUUGCUUCUGGUGAUUUCAAAAAUCACGUUUUCACACAAACCAUCAUCAAUCGUGAGUUAACAGAAAUUGAAGACAAUAAGAAAACUUUCACUUCAUUACCACAAAAGUAGAGGAACUUCUAAUAAAUCUACAUAAUGCAAGAAUUUUUCCUGGCAUCAUAAACAAUUGUGAGAAACAUGUUAACCAAACAACAGGUUUGAUUCGUAAUGGUAAAUAAGUCGAUGGAGUUUGGCGAGCCAAUUAGUAUGUUAUUUUUUAAAUAUAUUAUUUUAGUUGAUAGCUACUGCUGUAUACUCAUAGAUGUAAUUGCUUGAUUUCCAGAUGCAGCCUCCUUAAUUCCAAAACAGGUACAAUGAAGCUAUGUAAAUUUUGCAAAUGGCUAGACAAGGCUAUGAAAUUGCAAUUUAAAAUACACAAGACAGUGACUAACCAUGUGUAUUUAAAUGUAUAACAACUCUGACGGAAAGUAAAAUAAUGAGUAUAAUGACUUUGUAUCUCUAAAAGCAAGUCUUAGGACCACCUCAUCAGUGGUGACUUGAGAAUAUACAACAAAUCAUAAAUAUAGUAAAACGAUUGCCCGCGAGCAAACCAUUUUACGACGCUUGCGCUGUUUGGAAAAUGUAGAACGAUCGAUUUGUAUUCGCUGCAUUUGUUGAAGACUGUUUUCCUUCAGCACUAGGCAAGAAUACAGAAGAUUGUUGUAGUAAGCAGUAUUCUAAAAGACAACAACAAGUGUUUGAUGGAUUCGUUGUAUUUAUCGCCACCUGAAAUGGAUAACGGAAAUGUCACGGAAAUUGCCAACAUCGAUAGAGAACCUGUUUUUAAGACCAUCAUGAUGCACUCGUUUAACGACACUUUACAGUUUAACGACAUAUUCAAUAUGUCAUGGGGGCGUUUCUUCAUACCUUGUGAAAACUGGCGUGAGCCACAACACAUUCUUUUCCAGUUGGCUUAUGGUUGCUUCUUCAUUUCAUGCCUGGCACCAGAUCACUCUGUAGGCAUUGUCAUCAUGCAUGCAGCUCUUCUAUUAGGUGGAUUGUUGUAUUCUACUUGGGCCUGGAAUAUGCUCUGUGCUCCUGACAUAUUUUCUUGGACAUUUGGUUUUGUCUUCCUUAAUUUUUGCCAGUUGAUGUACGAUCUCUACCGUAUACGGCCUGUUCGUCUUGACCCAGAAGUAGAGGCACUUUUUGCUCUUCUAUUCCAACCCCUUGGGAUUAGUCGAAUGACAUUCAAAAAGUUGGUUGGCCAAGAAUACGCCGAGAUCUCCACCCUAUAUCCUGGGGAUUUUUAUGCCCUUCAAAACCUUACACGUAUUGAUCGACUAUCUAUCAUGCUUUCCGGAAAGGUGCAAGUGGUAUCCGAUGGAACAAUACUGCAUACCAUAGACGCAAACGAAUUUCUUGAUUCUCCGGAAUUUGAAUCUAGUCGUGCUUCUAUCGAAGACAAAUUUCGGGUAUCCAUUGUUGCCACUGGAACAUGUCGUUACAUCAGUUGGCAGAGAUCGACCCUCGAGUACCUUUUCGUCAAAGAAACAACUUUGGCAAAUGUUUUUGGCGUUCUCGUUGCUAGGGACGUUAUUAACAAAGUCUUUUCCAUGAACAAAAAGUUAGCAGUUCAGAGAGGUCAUCUAUUAGAUAUCCGUCUGCCCGGAAUCGCAAAUUGUAGUUACGAUUUGUCUCGAGAAACAUCAUCAAAUGCGUCGUCGGAUUUAAGCCCCUCACUGAAACUCCAGCAAAAUGGGGGCAUGCCCAAUUGCGUAUUCUAUCCACUUACUCGAACAAAGAAUUCUAGAACUGAAUUUCACUGAAUGCGGUCAUUUUUACGGAAGAUCACCAUCUGGGUUUUUAAAUCUCAAUGGAAGGAUUGAUUGUUGACUGUUAAAAGCGGACGACUGCGGGUUGGAGAGAUUUUUUGCGUAUCCACAUGCGCCCCGAGUCACGGUGAACAAAAACGAGUGCUAAACGUCCGCAAACAAAGGUGCUGCAACCAUCAGGUCUAAAAUCAACAACAGUUAAGUUUUGUUAGUUAUUUUUCUUCUUGGUCUCAUUCUCAUGUGACAGCUAAGGGCUAAGGUCCAGCUUGCUGACGCUUUUUCAGUGGAUUAUAGUUCUUGAUUGAAAAAAAAUAAUUUGCUGUA